GCGAGUGGUGAGUAGUUAUAACGUAAUUUAAUAUACAUACCUCAGUUUCAUACUUACCUCAUGUAACGCUCCUUAAGUUGAUGCGUACGACUUGGAGAAUCCUUGUAAUCCCUGGUAACAGUUCGCGGCGUGCUAGUGUCUAAUAAGAACCUACCUCAACUUUGAAAGGGCUUAGGUAUAACGCAAGGUCUUGCCUCCUAUACUCGCCUGAAGUUACUCAUGUCAUAAGGUACUCAUAAUCCACGUAUGGUGGAAAGCUAAGAUCUUUGCUCCCAUCCGUUCACCUUCAUUUUCAUGAUGUCUAUUUACGCGCACAUUCCCAAGCCGUACCAAUAGAAGCUGAAAAGAGGGGAAACAUCGUCGUCGCAUCGAGGCGUUUACGCCAAGGCAUCGAAUGACACGUGUACAUAUAUGUGCGCCAAUGUGUACACUGUACGGAAAAUAGCUCAUAGGUAUGAUUUCUAUGUAUCGAGAGCAGUUCGCGCCCCUACAAAGCGCACUGCAGCCAUUCCCUUGUACUACAAACUCCGGAUCACCCUGUACUCUACCCUGGGGCGCGCGCUUCUGUCCAAGUACCGCAGAUAAUACCGGAGUUGUACAGCGUUACAGAAGAUUCGCUUCGGUGGUUUCCAAGAAUCACGAGUACCCGCAGGUAUCCCGCGGCACCGCUGUAUAUACGAAAUACCGGGAGUGACGGUGAAAAAGUUUCAUUAACGAGCCAGCGACCAGUGCGACCGCAGUAACUGACCAUCGGCAUUUUAAUAUCCUCUGCCAACCGUUCUCGUUCCUCCUUCAUUAGUCGUGCGGGGAUGUGUAAAAUUUGAAUAUUUUAUACGGCGUUGCAUCGCGCGUCGCAUCGUGAUCUACUCUCAACGCGAAAUAACGUUACGCAAGUGACGGGCGUCGAGGGACGAACACUUGACGAAUUUUUUGACGAUAACGAGAACGAUAUAGCGAGGACGACGGAGAGAAGUAGGUAUAUGGAGAGAGCGGUGUGAGUGGGCUUGGCUGACAGGCGGCGUGGUACUGUCGGUUCGCGCGCUCUUAGCUGGUGGGUAUGUCGGAGAAACGAGGAGGAAUACACGAGGAAGGAACGAAGACGACGUCAACGACGACGAGGACGGUUAGCUCCGUGGAAAGAGGCGGUAGAGAGAAGUGGGUACAUCGCGGGAAGCUCGAAGCGGAACGAAGAGGGCACGGAAGGAGGGACGGGGACGUACGCGCGUUCUUCGGACGGGAGGGAGCGAGAGGAGGAGUGCCGCGGAGCGAGAGGGCCGAGAGAAGGAGCGCGCGCGACAGCGAGGGGGGGACCGAGGGAGAGGGAGCGAGAGGGAAAGAGGCGAGAGCCCGAGACCCAUUCAUCUUGGCGCGCCUAGCUCGGCUUCCAUUGGCCCCCGCUGGGUAAGGACGCCCGCUGAUUGGCCACCUCUGUUUACCAGCUGUGCCGUUCCUGGGCUACGGGAGAGAGGGGGGAACGUGAGACAAGCGGCGCCAUUAUUGUAAGGGGUUACAUUUAGUUGGCCGUGGCGUAGUACGCCGGGUUCGGGAUAGGGGGCUAUAGUACCUUCAUGCAUGGCCCAUAAAGGAUUCGUCGACUAUCCGAGAAGAACGCAAGAAACUGCUUCCAACUAUCUGACAGGCCACGCUCUCGUUUCGUGAUCUUGUAUUAUACGCGCUAUUCGGCCCCCCGGAUCAACAAUACCUAACGUCGUUCACCAACGAUCACCUGGCUCGCGUGCCAACAUAUUAAACCGAACCCACCGUCGCAUCCUCUCAUUGCCCAUUAUUGUAUUUGACAAAAAUUUUCAUCGUAAAACUGACGCGAUAAUCCGCGACACUCGCGACCCUUGAGACAGUGCAGGUGCGGUUCGUCGGGGGUCGGUUGUCAAAAACUACCCUUAAUACGUUCGUUCGAUUUCGCCACUCCGGCGAUAACUCGAGCGGAAUCGCUCGCUCGUUCGCAUCAGUGAGAGCUGUUUUUCGACGAGGAAAAUAUAUACAAAUCACACUGCCGUGUUUUGUUUUCAACGGUAUAUAUAUAAACGAGCGUUCGAGUGCAGCAUUUCAACUGUUGAAAGAAACAAAGAGAAAAAGAAAAAACAAACGAAGAAAUAUUUGUCGCAAUAGUUGGAACGAAUAGAUGUAUAAUGUAACGUAUAAAGCGCGCGAAAAUCAGCGGUUCUCGUAUCGUGCGUGGUUGUGACAGUUGCAGCUGGCGGCGUAUUAAUAUUAAAGUGCAUCAGAGGUGCAGCGUAUGAUAUACGAAAGAAUAUAUCGUUGGGAUAUCAAAGUGGAUAUUAUCAUAUGAAGUACCGACGGAGAGGAACGACAGCGGACCUUCAGCCGAGACUGGGGUCAGGGUUUACGCAGCAGUGAACGAGCGCGCGCGCGCGCCAAAAUCGAAGAUCGGAAGAACGUAAACGUACAACUACCUGGGAAAAGGUAAAUUUGAGUAGUGCGUUCGAACGGACAUAUACCGUUCGCUCAUCCGAUACACACCUAGAUACGUAUAUGUCAUUCUCGUUAUCGUUAAGCUCUCGUACUUCGAGUAACCGACACGUUGACCUGCACGACGCGAUAUAAGAAAAGUGCUUCGAAGACGAACCGGAGAGUAAAGGAAACGAAAAAUCGAAGAUAAAUAUGAUGUGGCUCCUUGGGGCAAGCUGCCGGUGCGACCUGAUCAAGGGCGUGCAGGAUUGCAGCUUCUACCAGUGUUGAGCUUUCGAGGUCUGCUAUUGAGCAGCUAUGAGUUCGAAAUUCAUAAUCGAUAGUAUGCUACCCAAGUACCACCAACAGUUUCACCAUCAGCAAUUGUUCAGUUCGACAAAUCCGACGUCGGUUCAAGCCUGCACCGCGAGUCCCGCUUCAUCGAGUCUAGAAUCAACACUGUCUGCGGCAGCGGCAGCGGCCGUCAAUUACGCUCAGCACAAUUCACCGUCGCCGACGGGUUCGAGUCCUCAACACUCGGGGAGUUCCGCGUCAACGUCGCCCGCGGCAAGAAGCAGUUCAGCAAUGUAUCCCUUCGUAAGCGUUGCCGCGGCCCACCAUCACCACCAGCAACAGCAGGCGGUGGCCGCCGCCGCAUUCGGGGCAACAUCCUCCAUGGUGCCGGGAUUCGGUUCCUCGGCCGCGUCCAGUGCCGCCCUGGCGGCCGCGGCGGCCGUCGAUGCGGCCACCGGCGACAAGUCGUGCAGGUACACGGCCAGCCUGGCCGGAAACGUAGCGCCGUCGGCCUCCGACCCGAUGGUCAACUACACCCUCGGACAUCACCAUCAGAACGGCGGAACACCCGGGAGCCUGGUAUCCUCGGCGUCCGCGUCCUCGGCCGUGUCAGCGGCCUCCGCCUCCAUGGCCGCUGCCGCGCAAUUUUACCAUCAAGCCGCCGCCGCCUCGGCGGUUGUCGACCCCCUAAACUCCUGCCAACAACCGACCACCGGACAGCCGGGCAUACCGGACAUUCCUCGAUAUCCAUGGAUGUCUAUUACCGACUGGAUGAACCCCUAUGACAGAGUCGUGUGUGGUGAGUAUAUAGGUCCGAACGGUUGCCCGCGACGCAGAGGUAGACAGACCUACACGCGGUUCCAGACAUUGGAACUCGAGAAGGAAUUUCACUUUAACCAUUACCUCACGAGGAGGCGACGAAUCGAAAUCGCUCACGCGUUGUGUCUUACGGAAAGACAGAUAAAAAUAUGGUUUCAAAAUCGGCGGAUGAAAUUGAAAAAGGAGUUGAGGGCCGUCAAAGAGAUAAACGAACAGGCGAGACGCGAGAGAGAGGAACAGGACAGGAUGAAACAACAACAGCAAGAGAAACAGGCGAAAAUGCAACAGGAGCAACAGAACGCCCUUCAACAUCAACAGCAUCACGUCAGCGGUCUCGACAAAGCUCAGAGCGAUCUACUAAAGGCGGACACGAAUACGACGACGAUGACGACCGCGACGAUGUCGAGGAUGAAGAGAAAUUUCGGAGAUUAUGAUUAUGAAAAUGAUUUGAUAUUGUAGACACGCGCGUUACCGACGAGUGGAAGAAAAGGAAAGGAAAAGGAAGGCUUAAAAAAAAAGCGAAAAAACUAAAAAAAAAAAAACAGAAAACAGAAAAAAAAAACAAAUUUACACCCACAACUACGUACUUACCUGGCCGGUCCAAAUAAAUAACAAUUAUAAUAUUUAAAGGUCCGGUGUCUGACUGAUCCCCUAGAAUGUAUUUUGUAAAUCGGAUACGUCACGAUACUAUCAGCCACCGAAUAAUAAUAUUCUAACGAAGAAUUUAAAAAGUUCGACGUAAUAUUUAGCUGACCAAAAGCUCUAAUUGCUACCGCUAUAAUAAUUGUGCUGCAGACUUUAUUUAACACUAUAUAAUAACGUACGAUACGCAGCCGGUUGUUCGACGUAUUCUUCGCGAUGUAUGUGAAAAGAAAAAAAAAACAACAAAAAAAAGAUAUAUGAUAAGAAAAGGAAAAACUGAAGAAAUUGUUCAUACUCACACAAUACAUACCUAAAUACGUUACAUGUUGAAUAUACGAGAACGUUUUAACGCUUCGACGACUUGAGAAUUAACUAGGUAUGUGUAAUAUAAGUGUUGCCUAAGUGCGUAAGGUCUUGUCUCGUUCUCGUAUAGCGUGUAUUAAUGCAAACGUACAUGGUGGUGUACCUAUAUUGUAUAAAAUUAUAUACAUAUAUAUAUAAACCGACAACUACGUGCGUGCAGCGUACACCCACACACACACUAACCCAAGUGAGUAUGGAUCAAGUGGCUUAUAGGUACGCCUCGAAAUGUCCAACUAUAUGUAUUUGUAUAAUUCACAUUUCUUCCCCACGUGUCCAGCCGAAGAAAAACCGACUAUAUCGAGUAUAACUAAAUGUUAAAGAAAAAAAAGAAGAAAAACUUUCAACAGGAUUUGAAGAAAAAAGAGAAAGAAAACUUCGUCUACUUCUUCGAUUGAUUGAAAUUUUUCUUUUUAAACAUUAUUACGUUUGUUCCCUGUUGUUGUUUUUACCUUUAUAUUUUUUUUUUCUUUGAAUCUGAUUCGCUGUUUUUUUCUUUUUUUUUUUUUACGGCAGUUCUGUUUGAUAAUUUUAUACGUUAUUAGAUUAAAAACGAUUAUGACGUAAACGUGCAAUUAAAAAAAUGUAACAAAAAAUAAAAAAAACAGGCAUACGCUGUACGGCUGUUUACAGCCUGUAUGUAAUAUUAGUUGUAGCUACUCUUCUCUUUGUAUUUCUCGUUCAAAUUUUGAAAGGGAGGAAAUGAACGCGCGUUGUCUCCGGGAAUUUUGAGGUUGUGAGAGAAAAAAAGAAAAAAAUGAUCGAAGUUUUUUUCAACGAUUAUUUAUAAUCACGUGUUACGAUUUCUCAAUUUAACGUCGCAAUUAAUUAUAUGCAACGUUUACGAGUCCCUCCACCGCACAUCGCGUGCUAGUAACCAAAAAACGAAUAGAAAAACAAAAAAUAAGAAAGAAAUCUCCUCGACGACCCUAAAUAGGUACUCUUCCCCGCGAUACCACGAAAACCGUUAAACAAAAUAACUUAAUUUCCACAAAAUCAUUUAAAAAAAAAAAAAAACGUUUCUCUAUUCCUCUUUUUCCGUUUCUCUCUGUAGUACUUGGAUUCACCUGCCGCGGUUGUCGCAUCGCGUUCGUAGAUACACUGUGUUGAUUUUUUGUAUGAUAAAUUAUCGAGAAUUUUAUUGUGUUCAAGUUACGUUAAAACUUUAUAGUUUUCUUUAUUUAUAAUCUAGCCCUAUCCUCGUCUCGUACUUUUAACAUAUAUUAUACGUACGUGUACAUUUAAUACGAUGUCAUACACUUUUUUAUACCCUCGACAGAUCCGAAGGAACAAAUUUAAAAAAUGACACGCAUCCCUUGAUACGAACACUUUUAAAAUCGAUCGAUUGUCUCCAUCUUGCACCUUGCAAGUUGAGCAGUAAUAAUACAAAAAAAAAACGAAAAAAGGUUACAAUUCUUCGACUCACAUGUUCCGUAAUACUGAAAUCUCAAUGUCAGACAUCGACGUGCUGGUGAGAAAUAGAAAAACAAAACGAACGAAGAACGAAAGAAAAAAGAAGAAAAAAUAAUAACUGGACGAGUAUAUCACUCUUAGUUCAUUAAAUACGUAAUUUGGUGUCAGGGUAGACAUUUCCAUUAUAGAUAUGACGAAGUCUAUUGUUCGUAAUCAUUAAAUAUAGUAAUCUUUUGAAAUGCAGAAAAAAAAAGUAAAUUAUACAUUUCGAAUUAUAUUGUAUAUUACAUAUAUUAUAAAUUAUUACUAUCAUUUUUGUUCGUUCAUCAAAGCAGAUUACUUUGGAUUCUAUAACGUUCGUACAAAGGACAUUCAUAAUAUAUAUGUCGUGUCAAUGUCACUGUGAUCUACUUCAGUCGAAUGAAUCGUUAAAUACGUAUUGAUUAAUCGAAAGUCAAUUGAGGAAAAACACAAAUCAAUGAAAAAAACUAAAUUUCCCACUCAGACAAAACUGAGUAGUAAUUUUCUUGUUUCUACUUGAAAAAAACAAAUAAUGAGGUACUUAAUUAACACACAUAUAUAUUGAGACAGCGGGGCGGAAUGGGGUACCUAAAAAAUUUCGUAAACAUUUUUUUACAUUGAUCGAGAAAGACCUCAAACAUCAUUUUGAAUUCAACAUUUUUUCCACGUUCUUUCUCACAGAUUCCUCGCGUACCCCAUAUUGCCCGGCGUCCCCCUAUAUUUAUGAUUCUAAAGACGUUAAAUUUACUGACGGAUGUUUCUUUGACAUGAUAUACAUAUGGAAUCUAAAUUAUGCUGAUAAUUAGUGAAUAAUAAAAUUAUUAUACCGUAUUGAAGCAUAUAUAUAGGUAUAUAUUAUUAAAAUUGAUAAGUACUGCAUAUAUAUACAUAUAUAUAUAUAUAAAUAUUAUUAUUAUUAUACAUGCAUAUAUAUAUAUGGAUGAUAAAAAAUUUGUUGUAUCGUGCUCUGAAGUUAGCGUAAGUUAAGGUAUACAUAUUACAUACAUACAUACAUAAAAUACAGGUGGAGAGAUAGUUACUGUUACGUAAUGAUAUUGUGUAUAUAAAUAUAUACGUACCUACCUAGUAUGUAUUUACGGACUGUACACAUAGUUGAAGAAUCAUAUAUUAUAUAUAGGUAUAUACCAUAUAACGUACGCAGUGCAGCUCUAAAUAGACGUCCCAACUCAACGCAACUAAACCGUAACUAUAUUAUAUACCUAGAGGUAAUUACAUUGUAUGUGUAUAUAAAUAUAUGAUAAUGAUAAUAAUAGCGAUUACGUAAAUUAAUCAAAGCAUUUGGUUACGCUAUAUAUACAUAUAUACACACGAAUAUCCGUACGUAAUUGAUGAACACGAGAUUUCGAUGAAAUGACGAAAAAAAAAACGAGAAACGCUCCCGCGUUACAAUAUGAAGAAGCCCCCGUUUAUCAUCGCAUUGCUACCGCGUUACUCACGAGGUUACCCACGUACACCCGAUCUACUCAAUCUCAUAUGUAUAAUUAACGAAUGAUAAUUAAGGAGUUGAAGAAACUCCGCGCAGGCUGGAAGAAAACUUUCAUCCGCAGGAUAAUAUACAAUGGAACAGUUAAACCGUAUAAAC